CCCCUGGUUAUGUGCUCUGUGAAAAUUGAAAGAAAACGAGUUUUCUGUCUUCCGUUCUCAACGGCUCCGGCAAAAAAAAAAAUAUUGAAACGUCAUAUUGUAAAUGGAGAAGACAGCAUAAUUGUAUUCAGGUGGACCGUGAAACCGCGACCUUGCCAACCUAUCGUAUCGUAAACUUUUAUUACGCCCGGCGCUUCUGUUUACAAUGGUAUCAACCGAAAUGGUUUUAGCCGCGGUAUAUUUCGCGUUAAUAAUCCUGAAUGUAUAAUAUGAAUAUAAAAAUAGAAUGCAAAUUGUGACCGGUGACGCGAAGGCUUUGAAGUGUAGAAUUGACGAGAGUUGGCCUUAAAUUUGAGUAAGAAAUCAACCUACGCUAACAAUAAAGGUACACCUACGCGCCGCGAGUGUGAACUGCGUCGUCUUGGACACAAAACACUACGAUGAGAACGAAACUAGAUGAAAACCGCACGUCGGCAGCUAGUUGUUUACUGUCUUACACGUAUUCCCCUAAGUAUUCUUUCGUUUAAUUAUUGUGAUACGUGAUCAAAGCUGUAGAUGUGAAGUGUCGUGAUAUUAUUUCAUAUUCAAUUAUUUACUAAAAUUACUUCCUCAGUCAAGGUUGCAGCAAAUUCUUGGAUAAUUUUUACCAUACAGAUACAUAUCCUUAGGAAUGAAGAAUAAUUUGUUAUAAAAGGAGUAAUUGUAAUAAUUCAAAAUAAAGAAAUCAACUCCAUUCCUAUGCUACAAAACAAUGGAUGAAAGUGAUGUCAUAGUAUCAUCCACAGAGGUGAUCAAAGAUAGACUGUACUUCGCCACUUUAAAAUCCGGAUACAAACCAAAGCCCACAAGGAACAGCAAGUACUUCCACAUAGAGGAUGACAUUGUCUACGAGAACUUCUAUUUCGACUUUGGACCCUAUCACCUGUGCCAUCUGUACCAGUUCUGCAAGAAACUCAAUGAGGAGUUGGACAAGAACCCGAAGAAAAAGAUUGUGUUCUAUACAAGUGACAAUGAGACACUCAGACUUAAUGCGGCAUACCUUAUUGGGAGCUAUCAGAUAAUAUACCUGAAUGGGAGUGCAGCAGCAGUUUACAAGCAACUCACGGACGGCUCCGUGUGGUCCCUCCUGACGUUCAGAGACGCCUCUGGGGGGCCUCCCCUCUUCGACAUCUCAUUGUUGGAUGUCCUACAUGGCGUGAAAGUGGCGCACGACGCAGGCUUCUUCGACUUCGAACACUUUGAUGCCGAGCAGUAUUUACAUUAUGAGAAAGUCGAGAAUGGCGACCUGAAUUGGAUAGUGCCGGGCAAAAUGCUCGCGUUCUCCGGUCCCCACCACCGGUCGCGACUCGACCGCGGCUAUCCCCUCCACAGCCCGGAGCACUACCACGAAUACUUUCGCACGUACAACGUGACGACGAUCGUGCGACUCAACAAGAAGUCGUACGACGCGAGACAGUUCACAUCGCAUGGCUUCGAGCAUCGAGAGUUGUUUUUCGUAGACGGCUCGGUGCCGUCGGAUCUGAUCGUCAAUAGGUUUAUAAAGAUCGCAGAGACGGCCAAAGGUGCUGUUGCAGUACAUUGUAAAGCGGGCUUGGGGAGGACGGGUACACUGAUCGCGUGUUACAUGAUGAAGCACCACGGGUUCACGGCGCGCGAGGCGAUCGCCUGGCUGCGCAUCUGUAGGCCCGGCUCCGUCAUCGGACACCAGCAGUGGUUCCUCGAGAACGCGCAGCCCCGUAUGCACGCGGAGGGCGAGGCGUACCGGCGGCGGCACAACAUAGCGGCGCUGCCCGUGUUCACCCGCGGCAUCUACUGCGACCUGCCGCCCGAGCCGCCCGAGCCGCCGCCGGCCCGCGACAAGCCCGUCUCGCUGCAGACUAUACUGCACAACAACAAGAGUUCACCCAGCAAGCUUGACAACGCGAAUGCAUUGAACGCAAAUGAAACGGACUCUGAGAACAAUGUAACUACAGUGAUUGGGAAGUACAAGACGACGCCCACUCCCAUGUUGCCAACGAAGACCGUGUUCACGCCCAAAAUGAACUACAUGAUGCCAACGAACAACAUCAGGAACGCCAACAACACCAACCUAAAGCCGCAGCCGAGGAUCGUCAACUCGACGAUGAAGUCGUACGCCGCCAAGACGUCGACCUUCCCGCCAACACGAAGUGCCAACUCGCAAGCCAACAAAUUGAAUAGUGUCAAACCAUUCACAGGUAAAAGCAGUUUCCACGGACAACGUGCCAAUCUCGCCCGUCCCGCCAUGGGGUACACGCACGGAACAAGUCCGCUCAAAACCUUCACCCGAAAAACGGUAAGCGUGAGCAAAAUCACCACAAACGAUACCUCCGUAGCCAAUACAAUCAGCAACGUCACAUCGACACUGUCCGCCCUCACGGAGAACUGUCAUCUCAACGGCAAGAACAGACUUCCAUCAGAACCGAAUCUCAAAAGCGUCACCCAGACCAAAGGCAGCACCACAAAUAUACCGCGUAAAAAACUCAUAGUGCGAUCCAACUCCAAUUCACGCAAGAAACUCCCCAAAAACAACGUGCCCAAAAGUGGUCUCGAGGCCACCCAGGAACUGUCUUCCAGCGACACCAACGUCACCAACAUAUCCGCAGACUCCCUCGAGAUACCGUUCCGCUUCAGGCGGAAAAGGGACAAGUCGAACAGUCCAGAGCCCAUGGACUGCAUAUCGAACUCCGUUAUUACCGCUGACAUGACCCCGGACAACUUUGAGGAGACCAACAACUCGCAAGGUAACAAACUCUACAAAAUAAAGGCGUUAAGAAAAAAAUGCCCCGCCUUUGGCGUUAGUCUUUUGAAAAAAGACGGUAUUCAAACUCGGUCGAGUAGUUGCGCCAGUAACUCCACUGUUAAGAAAAAAUGAUCCCUAAUGAUCGAGUCGGUUAGUUGUAGUUUACGUUUGCACAUAUAGAGAUUCUAUAAGUGUUUUUAAUGUGCAUAGCACAUGUUGUAUUCAUGUUGAUAGAUUUGUUUAGAUGCUCUGCUACCAAUAGUGAAAUAAUUUUAUACAAUCGACUGAAUUUUUAUUGGACUCAUAUCAAACUAAUGCUCUGAACUAAAAAGACAUUUAUUUAAACAAAUUUAUCAACCCUUAGACGUGAUAGAGCGUGUAAAUGUUGUGAACCCCACGGAACAAGACAAGCCUAAAUGUUGAUAAUCUCACAGAUCUACAUCUGUACAGACUACAUAGGAUACGUUUAGGGCUAGAUCGGUUGAUUGCCUAAUGUAUUUAAUACUUUUUUUUUUUAUUACUUUCAAGUGCAAUUUAUAAAUUAUUUAUAAGAUUUUUUUUAUCAUCUGCAUAGCUAUGAAUCUCGUUUAUUAAUAUGCAUACCCAAUUAAUUUUUACCACAAUAAUUGCAAUAUUUUUUUAAUAUGAAUUAUUCUAUACGUAUAAAUGUGAUUUAUGCAAUAAUUCAUAGAUAUUAGAGAUUUACGUCGGAUUUGUAUUACAAUUAAAAAAAAAAUAAUUGAUAUAUAAUAUCGGUGUUAUGUGAUCGUCUAUAAAAAUAUUUGUGUUAUAUUAGCUAAAGAAAUCUGGCAAUGAAAUAAUAAGUUUUAUUAUAUAUUUAUUUAACAUUCUUUUAAAAGCGUUACAUAUAAAAUUGAGACUGCAAAAACAAGCCAUAUAUAUAUAAAACAAAGAAACAUU